AUGUCGUCGGAGCAAGAUUAUCAAGAUCUUUUUGGCCCUCAAGCCAAAAAGGCUAAACGUGGCCGGCUCCAAACCGACAAGUCGGCCAACGCGAUUCGGAUUCGAGAUAACCAGCGCCGGUCACGCGCCCGGCACAAAGAGUUUGUCGACGAGCUGCAGCGCAAGGUUCAGGAAUACGAGAAGCGGGGAAUCGAGGCCUCGCUUCAGAUGCAAAAGGCCGCACGCGACGUCGCCAUCGAGAACUCGCGCCUGCGCGCCCUGCUCGCGAGCCGCGGCGUCUCCAACGAGCAGGUCGACGCAUACCUGCGAUCCUUCGAGGACGACACCAAGGGCUCGUCCGCCAUACCCAUCACCACCACCCUGGCACCUAUCCUCAACAACCCCAUCGUGCUCGAGCCGUCGCCCACGCAGCUGCCGCCAUUGCAGGAGCACUUUAGCAAGACGUUCCCGCCCGACCCCGAAAACGACGCCGCUGCGAAGAAGAGGAAGUUUGGCGAUGCCCUGCUGCCGCCGGUGCUCACACUGACGCCGACGUCCGACGUUCAGCAGAAUUCGGCGCUCGACAGGCUUGCCGUGCUCGCCGACGCUAGUCUCAACCGCUCCUCCACGCAGCCGCCCCAGCCUUCGAGCACGUCAUCCGAGUCGUCGCGCAGCCCCCAUCCUUACGACCGGACAAGCCAGACGCCUCCUCGUCCUACAGAACCGCAACAGCAGCACCUGCCGACGGUGUCUCCUCACGAGAUGUCGUGUAACGCUGCUGCGCGAAUCAUUGCCGACAUGCAGGGUGGCGCCGGCGACGAACGCAAGACCAAGAUAGCUCUGGGAUGCAGAGCCCAGGACGAGGAGUGUUUUGUCAAAAACACGUCCAUCUUUCGCGUGCUCGAUCACCGAUGA